AUGCUGCUCGAGCGACACAACACCGCAGCAUCGCCGGCCAGAGUUUCUUCAAGGACGCAGGUACCCGCUAAGAUCCUUCACACCACGUUUCAACGUCCUCGCGACUUUGGUCCUUCUGUAAAUGCAGGCUCCUUCAAACGACUCCAAAGGGCGACCUUUUCGCUAAUUUCCUCCCCGACACAGUGGUCAUUCGUGCUGUGCACCUGCAAUAAUGCGGGUCAAUGUCUCAUGGCCAUUUGUUCUAACUUCCUUCGCGUUGACUCGCCCAAACCGUGGUUCUGCGUGAGGCGAGUGUCUCAAACCAACAAUCAUCAACUCCAGUCUUUGCACCUCUUCUUUGUCAUGCACGUUCUGGCCAAACGAGUCUUUAAGUUGAGUUCUUCUUGCAUCUUCGUCGCGCAACUGCUUCUUCAAGCAGUCACGCUGACGUCGGGAGUUCCAAUUUCGUAUCUUCUAAGCCACCGACAUCCUUCAAUCAAAGCUCUUUAUUCCUCCUGUAUUCCUGGCUUUACGUGUCCAUCUUCAAUUUACCGCUCCCUCCCGCAUGAUUUUUUGGGGUAUAUGAUCCACGGUGGCAUGGAAGAUAUUCCCACUCCAUGCCGUAUUCUUAACAUGAAUGUUGAAAACGACCUUCAAAUGGGGUUCAAGCUGAUCAACGGCGGGUUUUUCGCCCGAUCUCACAACAACCACACUUCUUCGUUGGUUUCAAAGAUUUCACAAUCACUAGACCAUUUGGUUUCGUCCGAGGAUGAAGGACCGCUUAACCACCUGCCUGCAGGCACAGCAUCACCUUUCAGCCACAGCAACCCCUAUCAGCCACAACAUCCCCUCCUAACACAUUGCACUACAAUCCAAGUCCUUAGAGACCACUCAAUCGCCUUCCUCUCGUGCUAUUCUCAACUAUUCUAUUACCCCCAAAAAUGCACGGGCUCUCUCAAGGUUGCUCUUCUAGUCGCCUCUGUUCUUCCUCCAGUCCCACCCGCCAUCGAUAUUCCCGAAGCAAGGCGUUCUUGUAGUGUCGCUGGACUAGAUAAGUAUGCGACCUUCUUUGACAUUCGAAUGAACUACGAUAAGAUCACUCACCUCUUCGAACUCUUCUUCGGACUCCGCUUGAGAGUACGUUGUCCUUCGACCAUCUUGAGUUUUGUCGACUUGAAACUUAGUUGUCAAAGGCCGUUGUUUUGGUUAUUGGGAAAUUGGUCCAUGUAUAUCUCACUAAUUCGAUACACAUGA